AUGGGCUGGCUCUGGGCAUCGCAGCCCUCCGAUAAACCUCCAACUCCCUCCACAGAACCCAAACCAGCCGAGGCGAAACCCGCGCCCGCAGAACAACCCCCCAGCCAAUCCACCGACCCCGAAAUCCAAAAACUCUACGACCUCUUCAAGGCCGACGCCGCCUCCUCCUCCUCCACAACCAACUCCCAGAAGACUCCACCCUCAACAGACACCUCCGACUCAGGCUCCUCCUCCCUAACAUCAUGGCUAUCCCUCAAAUCCUCCCGCGCCCCCGAGGAGGUCCCCAACGCCCCGCCCCACGGCCCAGUCUCUGAGGCCCUCCUCCCAACCGAGAUGUCCUGCCGCCAGGCCUUCGACCUCGCCUGGUCCUGCAACUCCCUCGGGGGCCAGUGGAACGCCGUCUACCGCCACGGCGAGAUGCGCUCCUGCUCCGAGCACUGGGACGACUUCUGGUUCUGCAUGCGCACCAAGUCCCACACGGGGCAGGCGAAAGCCGACGCCGUCCGCCAGCACUACCGCAACAAGGAGCACGCCAAGUACUACGCUCCCGGACGUCACAGCAGCGAGGACGUGUGGGAGUCCAGGCCCGAGAGGCUGCCCCCCGGCGUGGCCUUCUCGCAGGGGUUUCAGACCAAUGUCAACGAUGACGAGUGGCGGAAGCAGGAGAGUGAGCGACGGAAUCAGAUCAGGAAGGACUUGGGAUAUGCCAAUCCAUCAACAUAG